AGGAGUAAACGACGUGGAAGUUGAAGCUCUUCCUUCACAUUCAUCUCGCCUUCCUUCUCGUUGUCCCAUCUGACUCUGGACUUGUGCUCCUCGUCUUAAUUCUGCUUUACAGUCUGUUUCUUUAAUUUGAUACCCCGACCAAGCGCAUCACACCAUCCCUCCCUCAUGGCUCAACCACCUACUCAACCGCGCUCAUACAGCCAGGCUUACAUUCCCAACGGCACUCCCUCUCAAGCAUCCGGACCCGUCCCGGGAGCCACGCCACUCCUCCCUAACCAAGGUCGCGUGGUGCAGGCCGGUGGCGCCAGAGUCCUCUGUAUCGCCGACGUCCGAGGCAACCUCAGAUCUCUGAACGAACUCGCCCGUACCGCAAACGCCGACUACAUCAUCCAUACCGGUGACUUUGGCUUCUACGACAAUACCUCGCUCGAUCGUAUCGCUGAGAAGACUCUCAAGCAUGUUGCGCAAUAUUCUCCUCUCCUGAAUGACGGCGUCAAGAAUGACAUCGCCCGCGCCUCUGCCCAGACCUCAAUCAAGGAUCGUUUCCAGCGCGAGAGCCUGCCUCUGUCGGAACUGCCGCAAUUCUUGAACGGCACCUACACACUUGAGAAGCCCGUCUACACCGUCUGGGGCGCAUGUGAAGAUGUCUCGGUCUUGGAGAAGCUGCGCUCAGGGGAAUACAAGAUCAACAACCUUUUUGUCAUUGACGAGUCGCACGCCCGUCUGCUCGACAUUGGCGGUGUCAAGUUGCGUCUGUUGGGUCUUGGAGGCGCUGUUGUCAUGCACAAGCUGUUCGACAACGGUGAAGGCCGCACAACUAUUGCUGGAGGCCAAGGAACCAUGUGGACUACCCUUCUGCAGAUUGGCGAGCUCAUUGAUACAGCCAACCGCGUCUACGAUCCUACCGAGACCCGUGUCUUCGUCACCCACGCAUCGCCCGCCCGCGAAGGUCUCUUGAACCAGCUGGCUGUGGCCCUCAAGGCCGACUUCUCCAUCUCAGCUGGUCUGCACUUCCGUUACGGUAGCUCCUACAACGAAUUCAGUGUCAACCCCACUCUGGACCACUACCGCGGCAAGCUCGCUGCUUCCAAAGCCUCAUUCAACGAUGUCUGGGAAACCGUCAAGAGCGAAGUCGAGCCCGCUGUGUCCGAGAACGAGUCACAACAGCGUCUUCUCAACAACGCUCUCGAACUGGUCUCCAAGAUGCCUUCGGUCGCCAACGGUGGUAACCCCUUCGGCGGUGGCUACACUGGCCCUCAGGGCGGUGUCGUUGACGAGUCGGCCUUCAAGAACAUGUGGAACUUCAACUUGGCCGAUGCCGCCUUUGGUUGGCUCUUGCUCGAUAUUGAUCAGGGUAGAAUUGGCACUGAGAUGAAGGCCCAGGGCUUCAACUUCUCGCACCGUGCUGGAAAGCCCACUCAACGUCCUGCGCAAACACCCCAAGCACCCCAACCAUCCGCCGCUCAUGCCGCGGCUUCAGCACCUACGCCUAGCAACAUUCCCACACCUUCAGGCCCUCCUCCCGCUGUGGCAUCCGCUCCCACUCCUGCAAAUGCGCCUCGUGCUUCUGGACCUCACCAGAACGCCAGACCCCCGGUUGCAACUCCUCAGCAAGUUCCUUCUCCCGCUCCUACCAAGUCUGCCGCAACUCCUCAGACUGCAGCCCCUACCAACGGUACCCCUGCACCUGCCAAGACAGAAGAGAAGGCUGCUACAACCUCCGCCACUGAUGCUCCUCCCAAGGCCCAGGAGGUCCCGAAGAGCCAGUCCAUUUUCAUUCCCCCUAUCAACGGUACUGACGAUGAGGCUGAAGUGCGCCAGAUCUUCAGCGAGGAGGACCAGAAGAAGCUCACCAAGAUGGAGAGAACCAGCAAGGGCUUCUGGAUCGCACACUUCAGCUCUCACGAAGAAAUGCAGGAGGUCUUGAAGCGCAGUCCCUCAUCAGACAGCAAAUACUCGUCGCUGAGAAUUAGUGAGUUCAAGCAGCGCCCUGCACGUGGAGGAUUCCAAGCCGGUACGUGGGGCAGCUCGCGCACAGCAUCUGGCCAGCAGAGCGGAUACCGUAGUGGGCAAUCCGACAGCGAAGGUGCUCGCAGUGGACGCGGUGGCCGUGGUGGACGUGGCGGCCGCGGUGGUCUGGAACGUGGACGUGGAGGCAGAGGUGGUGCUGGUCGCGGAGCUUCAUCAAGCGCAGCUCCCAACGGCGGCGAGUCUCAGGCAUGAAUGAAGAUGAUGACAAGAUGAGGCAUGUGCGGCAAAGACCAGCGGCUUCUCACAGUUGGAUGCUAUUCGACAGGAAGCGCAUUCAGGAACAGGGGACGCGCCGCGAUACAGAGGUGUGUAGAGGAUGAAGUGCAACCAAGAACUUGACGACCGAACAUGGAGAAAAAGCAUGAGGGCGAUUUGGAACGAGAGGCUAGGAGCCCUGC